ACAAUGUCAAAAGUUAAAUUUUAUCUCUUAGUGCUAGUACUAGUGUUUGCACCGAAAUGCUUCUCAGUCGAAAACAAACUAAAAACGACUACCGAGAUACUAUUCAACUUAACAAACUACGCUAUAGAAAGUCGCCGAAUUCGUAACCCCUGUAUUUAUGAAACCACUGACAUAAAUUAUUUCUCGUGCAUUAACAAACUCACACAUAAUCACCCCAGCUAUAGUUAUUAUCCGCAAAGGCCGCAAUAUUUUCGCCCUGACACCCCGCACAACAUCAUGGAUGUACUUUACACAAUUUCAAAAAACGAUGCGCUUCGAUGUGUCCCAAGACUGCUUUGUGAAGUAACUUCGGACACCAUUUCUAAAAGUAGGCAAGGUUUCUCUUUGCCUACUCUUCCGUUUAGUUUUGAUGUGGCAUCUAUAAUUAGAUUGUUGGCAUCUAUAGACCUCCCUGGUGGUUCCCCGGUUCCCGUGUUUGCAAAAGCUGCACUUUUGGGCUACGUGUCUAAGGGUAACUCGGAUUCGUGUUUGAGUGCUUACCCUCUAUGCCCGCGGGAACCCGACAAGUUGGUGCAAUACUUGAACAACUAUAAUGGCGGAUUUUUUAGAUAUUUUAACGGGGUGAAUUCUAAGCCCCACCAAAACUAUUACCAUCACCAGAAUUAUCACGGCUACGGGUUGCUAAAUCAUAUUCAAGGACCGAAUUUUGCUCAGAAACGGAUUCAGAACAAGCCUGUGCACGUUCCGGGUAAUGAUGCAGUUGUUUUCUCCGAUAAUGACGUCAACUUCAACCGGUAUAACCGGUUUCCGAAAACUUUAUCUUUUCCGACAGACGACGACGAGGACGAUAAUCGUUUUAACGAAUUUACGUUUAAGAAACCAAAGGAAUUACCUUUUUCCAUUAACGAAUAUUACUCUAAUGAAUUGGAUUUGCAACGGCCUCUACCUCAUCACACAGCCACCCCUGUAAUAUUUCCAGUGAGGACCGGCACGGGAGAUUUGAGGUUGGAUUCCGAAGAAUUAGAUGCAAAUUAUAAACAGAAACAUUAUAAUCUUCAGAAUAAUUUCGUAAGCUUUAGAUAUGAAAGACCUAAUGAGGGUUUCUAUUACGCAGAGCCAGAGGGUAUUCCUGUUAGAGAAUUCAAUUCCAACAAAGAUAUAUUUAGUUUCCCCGUUUGAACCCCUAUUAUUUAUUCAUUGUUUGCGAUUUUAAUAAAGUUUGCA